UGCAGGUGAGUUAAGAAGGUGCGCUAUCUGUGACCCACAUAAGAAAAAACCCAUGUACAAUCUAUACCUUUACACCAAAAGUCAGUAAAACGGUUUGUAUGAUAAAUAAGAUGCCGUUUUUCGUGUCUACUUCUUGAUCGCAGCCUUGUAUCACCAAGAUAUGGAUAUUGACAACUUUUAGUUCAGUCCACAACAAUGUCACUGGAUUCAAACAUGGCGGACUUCAGAAAUUGUCAUUGGAUAAACGAAGAAUGGAAGGAAGCGAUUCACUGGAAUUACCUGGCUGUUGUAUUUGUUUAGUUUCAGUGAUUUUGUGAAACAUGGAAAACAAUAAACAACGGCGAUCCGACAAAAAGACCAAUGUUGGUGCACUUGGCGGAGAAAUGGAUACUGUUGGUCGAGACAGCCCAAACAAUCAGGCUCUUUUUUUGCAAAAAAUAAGGGAAAGUAAUGAAGCUGUCAACAAUGGGGACUACCACCGUGCAAUUCAGCUAUAUUCAGAAGCAAUCCAUCUCGACUCUAACAAUCACAUCCUAUACACCAAUCGGUCUGCUGCAUUUCUCAAAGUUAACCAGUAUCAACGAAGUCUUGAAGAUGCACAAAAGGCCAGAAGUCUGAACUCAAAGUGGUCUAAGGCAUACCUACGUGAAGGAGUGGCAUUGAAGUACCUGGGGCAGUAUGGGGAGGCUCUGGCAUCAUUUGCUGCAGGACUGGCACAAGAACCAAGCAAUAUUGUUCUACUUGCUGAAUUGUCACAGGCAGCAAUAACAUGUCCCCUUAAAGAUAAGCUGGCUCCCACCUUCCUGCAGCUGGAGAAGUUAAGACUCCACAGAAGUCCUUUCGUCAUCAUUUCUGUGAUCGGGCAAGAACUCUUGGCAGCCGGAAACUAUGAGUCUUCUUUAUUGAUGCUAGAAUCAGCCUUGCACAUUGGAACAUGCAGUCUCAAAUUGAAAGGUUCAGUGUUCUCAGCACUGAGCAGUGCAUACUGGGCAAUGAACAACAUGGACAAGGCCAUCUACCAUAUGCAACAAGACCUGGCUGUAUCAAAGUCUUUAGGUGACCAAGAUGGUGAGUGCCGUGCAUAUGGCAACCUUGGGUCUGCAUAUUUCUCCAAAGGUCAUUACAAAGAAGCAUUAUCAAACCAUAGGUACCAGCUUGUCAUAGCCAUGAAGCUCAAGGACAGGGAUACUGCAGCCACCUCUCUCAGUAGCCUUGGUCAUGUGUACACAGCAAUAGGGGACUACCCAAAUGCACUUAACAGUCAUAAACAGUGUGUUCUUCUACUGAAACAGAGUGGUGACAAGCUAGCAGAAGCAAGGGAAAUUGGUAAUGUUGGUGCAGUUUAUUUAGCUAUGAGCAACUUUGACAGUGCAGUAGAGUGCCAUCAGGAACACUUGAAAAUGGCCAAGGAUUUGAACAGUCAUGUGGAGGAGGCACGUGCAUACAGCAACCUUGGAAGUGCUUAUCAUUACAACAGAGACUUCCAAAAAGCAAUAUUGUAUCAUAACAGUGUUUUAAACAUUGCUGAAGAGCAUUCUGAUAAGGCACUAGAGGCUCGUGCUUUUGCUGGUUUGGGUCACGCAGCACGGUGUUUAGGUAAUACCAUACAAGCCAAAAGCUUCCAUGAGCAGCAACUUGAUAAUGCCUUGCAGACCAGAGACAGAGUUGCAGAGAGCAGAGCUUGUUCUAAUUUAGGUAUCAUCUAUCAUCAGUUGGGUGAAUAUGAGGCAUCACUAAAGCUUCAUAAUAACAAUUUGCGCAUUGCCAAAGCUCUGGGUGACAAAGCUGGACAGGGCAGAGCUUAUGGUAAUAUUGGUAAUGCAUAUAGUGCUCUAUGUCAGCAUGAAUUAGCAGUUAAGUACCACAAACUGGAACUUACAAUCGCAUCAGAAGUAAAUGAUCGCCACUCAGAAGGAUCUACAAAUGGCAAUCUUGCAGUUGCCUACCAAGCUCUUGGUUUGUAUGAAAAUGCAUUACAGCAUUACCUCUCUCACCUGAAUAUCGCCAGAGAACUUAAAGAUUCAUCAAGUGAAGCCAGGGCACUCAGUAAUCUUGGUAACUUUCAUUGUGCACGAGGUGAUUUCAGAAGUGCAGUAUCUUUUUAUGAGCAAAACUUGAGCCUUUCACAGGAGCUCCAUGAUAUGGAAGGUGAGAGCAAAGCUUGUUUUAGUCUUGGGUAUGCUCAUUAUUCAUUGUGUAAUUAUGAGGAAGCUGUUCGUUACUAUGAACAAGAUUUGUCACUUGCUAGAGAGAUGAGAAACAGAUUGUCAUUAGCAAGGGCUUAUUGCAAUUUAGGUCUUGCUCAUAAGUCUCUUAAACAUUUUGAUGACUCCUUAGAAUGUCAAAAGAAAUGUUUAGGUUUGAUGGAUGCUUUAAGAAACAGUCCUGGCAAAUUCCGUGCAUUGGGGAAUAUUGGUGAUCUCCUGCUAAAGACUGGAGAUACUGAAGAGGCCAUAAAGAUCUAUCAACAACAGUUGCAACUUGCCAAACACUGCCAAGACCAAGAUCUACUUGCUACUGCUUAUGGCUCGUUAGGUGUUGCUCAUCGUAUGUUGGGACAGUAUGACAAGGCUCUUGCCUUCCACACACAAGAACUCAACAUCAGACAAGAGAACAAUAACAUGAAAGGAGAGUGUCGAGCUCAUGGUAAUAUGGGCAAUGUGCAUAUGUCCCUAGGAAAUUACUUGAGUGCUUUCAAAUGCUAUGAGGAACAACUGGAGCGAAGUCGUGAUCUCCAUGACAGUGAAUUAGAAGGACAAGCCUGUGGCAACCUUGGCAUCACAAAAAUGAAUAUGGGACAUUUCGAGGAAUCUAUUGGUUUGUUUGAACAGCAGUUGGCAAUGUUGGAACAAUUAUAUGGAGAAAUACCAAUGAGGGACAAAGGGAAAGCCUUUGGAAACCUUGGUGAUUGUUAUGAGGCACUUGGAGACUAUGAAGAGGCCAUCAAAUGUCAUGAGCAGUUUCUGGCUCUAGCUCAACAGUCAUGUAACCUUCAUGAACAGGACAGAGCUUAUCGUGGUCUUGGAAAUGCACACAGAGCUAUUGGCAAUUUACAGCAAGCUUUGGUUUGUUUUGAAAAGAGACUUGUUGUUUCACAUGAACUUAACAGCCUUGUUGCUAAGGCCUCAGCAUAUGGUGAACUUGGUUGUCUGCACAGUCUACUUGGGAAUUUUGAACAGGCAAUCUCAUGUUUAGAACAUCAACUAAGUAUAUCCAGAGACAUGGGAGAUGAACAGUGUGAGGGAGAUGCUGCAUGUGGGCUAGGUGGAGUGUACCAGCAAAUGGGGGAGUAUGAAGCAGCUCUCAAAUACCACCAGAUGGACUUGCAAAUUGCAGAGGCUGGCAACAAGACAGCCUGUCAAUGUCGGGCCUAUGGGAAUCUGGGAUUGUCCUAUGAGUCCCUUGGAAGGUACGAAGAGGCAGUUAAGCACCAAGAACAGCAUCUUAGUAUUGCAGCACAAAUGAAUGACCGAGUUGCAAAAACUCUAGCAUACAGCAGUUUAGGUCGAGUACACCAUGCACUAGGGCAUCAUAUUAAAGCUGUUCAGUACCUGGAGCAAGGCCUGCACAUUGCUGAGCAGUUAGGACGGCGUGAAGAUGAGGCAAAAAUUAGGCACCGACUUGGGCUGUCUCUAUGGGGGGAUGGACGGUUGGAAGAGUGUCAAGUCCAGCUGUAUAAAGCAGCUGACUUAUUUGAGACAAUCCGACGAGAAUCUCAGUGCAGCAGUGACUACAAACUGUCAUUGUUUGACCUCCAAUCCGCAUGCUACCAAACACUUCAGAGAGUGUUGGUUGAUCUUAGUCGUCCUGAAGAAGCACUUGCUGUGGCUGAAAGGGCAUGCACCCGUGCCUUCAUUGAUUUGCUACUUGAGAGGCAAGCAGGUUCUGCAGGCUUGUUUAAUGGAACAACUAUGGACUUGUCUCCUAUUACCAUAGACCAGAUCAACACAACUGUUAGUAAGCAGCAUGGAGUGGUUUUGUACUUCUCCAUUGCUGCUGGAUUUCUUUACAGCUGGCUUCUCACACCUAAAAAUGGUUUGAUCAAGUUCGAAAAGGUGGCACUAAGUGAGCUGGAAGCAGAUAUGGAGCCCUCAGCAGGUGACAGCCAGAGUGUUUUGAGCUUUACAACAGCCUCCAUAUUAGAAAACUGUGUAGGACAGAUGCGAGAAGCCAUUGGGGUUGACAGUCACAUACAGCCUGAUAGCAUCAGCAUAAGAGGUGCAAGACAUAGCAUAGAGAACCAGAGUGGAUCAGAAAGUGAGAAUGAUGAUGUAUUCCAGCUUCAGUUGGAGGAAAUUGGUGAUCGUCUUAUUGCUGAAAAUGAUCGCACAGGAUUCCUACGAAUGGUUAACAGAGGCCAUUCUUUCAAUACAUCAACAUACAGUGUCAACAGUAUACUUAGCCUUUCCAGUGGUGCUGGUGGAACUGUCAACACAAACUUCUCAUCUUACAGAGGGAAUGCAAGACACAUUAAUGGAGGUCGUUCUCCUCUCUCUGCCUUGUAUAAUUUCCUUUUGGGACCAAUGGAAGAAGCACUGGCAAAUUUAAGCCAAAACUUUUCAGAUCCUAUUGAUCUUAUUCUUGUGCUUCAAGGUGAUUUAUACCUGAUACCAUUUCUUAUGUUGCGGAAGGAACAAGCUGAAGAUUAUUUAUUUGAACGCUAUAAUUUGAUAAUUGUUCCAUCUAUCAGUGCCCUUUCCAACACACAAAAACUUGACCGCCAGGGGCGACCUAUGAUAGAUUCAUCAGGUGCUUUAGUUGUUGGCAAUCCAAGACUAAGUUCAACCAUAAGUCAGCAUUGGCAUCUUCAUGAGAUCCCAGGAGCAGAGUAUGAGUCUAGGAUUGUUGGAGAGUUGUUGUCAUGUCGUCCACUCAUUGGGGUAGAGGCUACAAAGGGCGCCAUUUUGCAUCAGAUAGAGCAAGUUGAGGUGAUCCACUUUGCCACUCACAUCUCAUGGAAGCUUUCAUCUAUAGUACUGUCGCCUACAGAAUUGGUUUCAUCAGGAGGCAGGUAUCCAACAAUCAAGUCUCAAGAAAAUAGUGGUGGUGAAUUUGACUCAUUAGAAGGUCCUCCAUUGUCAGAAUACCUACUUACAGCAGCAGACAUUCUGAAUCUAAAACUCCAUGCAAAACUAGUUGUGUUAAACUCUGGCUAUACUGAUGAUAGAGCAGGUCGUGUUAACACUGAUGGUGUGAUUGGCCUGACCCGGGCCUUACUAUCAGCAGGAGCCCAAUGUGUGUUAUUUUCAUUAUGGCCAGUACCUGACCAGGCUUCAAAGUUAUUGAUGCGCAUUUUCUACACAGCAUUAGAAGACAAUCAGAGAGUAACUCAGGCUCUUGCUAAAGCUGUGAAAACGGUACAGUGCACAAAACAGUUCUCUCACCCCUCAAACUGGGGUGGCUGGGUGUUGGUAGGUAGUGAUGUGUGUCUCAGUAGCAAGAUGGCAUUGAUGGGACAUGCUGUGUGUGAGAUUCUGCAGUCUCCAACCCAGUGUCGGGAAGCAAUGAGGGUUCUCUUGCACCUGAUUGAAAAGUCAAUUCAGCGAAUAAUGCAUGGCACAAAGAAUUCAAUGUACACUACAUAUCAGAGCAUAGAGAACAAAGUUGGGGGAGUCCAUGGAUGGAAAGAUCUACUUCAAGCAGUUGGUUUUCGUUUUGAGCCAGCAGGAAAUGGAUUACCACCAGCUGUUUUCUUUCCGCAGUCAGAUACUGGAGACCGACUAGCACAGGCCAGUGCCAACCUCCAAGCACUGCUAGGUCUCCCCCCUAGCUCCCUCACUGCCCUCUCCAAGUUCAUCACCAACAGCCAGGUUGGGGAAGCUCUCAUCACUGUUAUGCGUAUGAUCUUAAACAAGCUUGUUGCCAAGGAAGCAGCAAUUGAUGUCCUUGUGAAUGUUGGACUUUGGCGUACAGCGGGGUGUCAUGAAUUCCUGGCUUCUUUUGGUCUGGACUUGGUGGAUGUGGGCCUGGAUGAUGUUACACUACGUUUGAGCAAGCAAGCAGUCCGAAGACACCUACAGUUUGCAUUACAAGCUCUUGUUGCAGUAUUUGAUGCUCAGGAGGCUCAACCAGAGUAUUCACUGGAUACAUCCAGCAGCCUUGAGAGUCUUUCAUCAUCACCUAGUGGGUCCAGUGCCUCUGUCUUUUCUACCCCGCCACUUUCCCCGUAUGGUCGAAGAUGUUCACUCUUUAAUCCAGCAGAGAUGGAGAAAAUGAGGUCCUCCAAGGUUCCUUUUGUCAAUCAGGGAGAUGUAGAUGGAAAACAUCAAAAACAGAUAAUAAAAUCAGGUCUGCUUGAUCCAUCCUUGCAGCUGUCCCAUCAGAACAGAAUUAGAAGUAUGUACCCUCCACAUGGCCAUGAAUCUGGGAGCUUGUCUAGUAGUCCAACACUAACAGAUACAGGUGACAGCCCAGGUCUCCAUCCAUCAAGUUCCAGUAAUGUUGUGGUAGACCUCAGCAUGUCUAGCGACACUGUAUCAGUUAUGUCAGAAUCUGUUGUUUCAUCACAAAGUGACACUGAAUCAACUUUGCUAGGCAAUGAGCAGCUUGCCUUCAAGUUCACUGCAGGCAACUUACAAGACACAUGUAAUAAUGAAAGGUUGAGGCAACAUAGUGUUUCCAGCAAUACCUCAUGUUCAUCCUCAACUUCAUUGUCAAAAUCAUCUUUGUCAAAAGUUAAUGAUACAACUGUUUAUAACCUACAGUCUUCCACAAGUAAGAAAGUGAUGGAUCCUCAAGAAAUUGCAAAAAGGGUUAUGGCUGAUAUGCCAAUCAUGAGAGAGGUGAUUGAAAAAAUGCAAGAAAUAAGUCUAGUGCAAUCAGAAAUGAACAGUCAUAAAAUACGACAAGUAUCCUCAAACAUUGUUUCAAAACAGCAUACUUUGUCAAUGGUUAAUGAAGAGUCAACAAAGGAACCUUGUAUUCAUUCACCACUCCUUCAACACACCAAAGAGAGAGUUCCAAAUCCUGCUUACAUUCCAAUCAGAGUACAAAGCCGUUCUCUUUCAACCUAUUUACAUCAAAAGAUAGGGAAGCAAACAAAUUCAUCGGAGGUGCCUGAAACAGUAAGAAGUUUAGUGCCAAGUGUCAUCCAGGUAACAAGUGGUCAAACAGGAGAAAAUAGUAUAUCCUCUGACAACAGUGAGGGUGCAGAUUCAAAUUUGCAGUCCUCAGUAUCUAGUGGCUAUCAUUCAGAGAAAAAUGUGACCAGUGAUAUGACUUAUCAUGCAAAGGAAGACAGAAACUCCUACACAAAAGAUUUUGUUAACAAUGGUCGCAGCUCGUACAGUUCUUCUUCACAUGCAUUGUCAUCUUUCCGACCAUACAAGCCUGCUUCUCCAAUGGUCAGGACAAAUGCAGUUCAGAGUCGACCUGAUAGCACAACCAGUACAAGUAGCCAAUACUCGACAUCUUCCUCAGGUCUCUCAGCCAUCUAUAGACCCAUCAGUGAGAUAGUCACAACAGCCUCUUCACCUAAUCCUUCACAUUCUGAUUUCAGAAAAUGGAAAGAACUAUCUUCCACUUCCUUGACUCAUAAGAAAACAAUAGCCCAUGAUUCAGUGACAAAACCAAAGAUGAAAGUGAGUUUUUCUGAAUCUGAAACAGAUCGGUCUUCCAACACAAGUUGUAAGGACAUGUCAGCACACAAUAUGCCAUUUAAUUGUGAUGUAAAUAAAACUCUUUCUUGUCCAAAGGAAUAUGAUAAGUUCUUGGAAUGCCAAAGUGGUGGCAAAUUUUGUAACAGUGACCUGCCAACUCUGGCAAGAGAACAUGAAGUCUUAAAUUCACCACAAACACAAGUUUCAGAAGAAGAUGGUGGUACACCAGUGACAGACAUUGCUAGUAGCUCUAAAUCUUCAGCGAAAGUUACAUAUCUGGACAAGGACAAGUGUGCCCUUCUAAAACGUCACAUGCUACAAUCAUCUAAGUGCUGACUUUACUACGGAAUAAUGAAUAACAAGCCACAGGCCAUGGUACAUUGUCACUGUGUGUCAUUGUGAAAACAAUUAAUAAGAAAUGUAUAGAACAUGCCACAUCUCAUCCUUGAUAAAUCCCUGUUGGUGUUGGUGUCAUCACCAGUGACUUUCUGUCAUUGUCAAAAUGUAACCAUAUGUGGUCUUGGCUGCAGCUGUACAUUAGUAUAUUACAUUUUUAUCUUGUGUGUCAGUUGCUGUCUGACCAUCAUUUUCAGUAGGUAGCUGUUAAUCAGUGAGUGUCUUCUGUACAUUAAUGUGUGUUAGUGCCAAUGUAUAAUAUUUAACUUCUUUGAGAGGCAUUUAGAAGUUGGAAUACUAAGUAAGGAUAAGAUAUAUGAGGUUGGUGCUGAGGGCUUUCACUUUAUGUUGAUGGCUUCUUGUCAAAAGAACUCAAAGACUUCAAAAUCAGAAAACUACAACAAGCCAUCAACAUCAAAAGACCCCAACUAUCAAUCAACUGUCAUCAAGGCUAUUAUAUACCCCCCUGCUUACCAUCAACUCAUCAAAGACCCCAGUCAGUUAUAAUCCUUUUGUUUAUAUUACUGGCUUCACCCAUUCGUUUAUAUCCCUCCCUUCACCUGCCAGUAUGUUUACCCUUUUGUGUACAUAUAGCAGGCUUCUCCACCCUAGUGUAACUACAUCUGUAUAAACACUGCCUCCUUCCUGUAUAUAUACAUGUACUUGUCAACCAUACUCACCUGCUUGAUAACAGUGUUAGAACCUACACCAAAGUGUUGCUCCUAAUUGUAAUAAAGAAGGUGUUCAUCCAUAUAUCUUAUCCCUACUUGUAUAAUGUUGUAUGGCAUGUACAUAGACAUGUAAGGAAUAUAUAUGUAUAUGUUUAAGAUCAUGUUUUAUUUGAUUUUGAGGAAUUUUCUAUAUUCCUGUAUGAAGAGAGAUCUCAAUACAUCGCUUAUAUUCAUGGAAAUCUGUUUUCAUACUUUCCACACACAGAACCCACAUUAGCUUUAUCAGAUAUAUUUUUUCUAUUUAUAAUUGAAAAUAUGUAUUGUCAUUACCUCAACAAGUGUCAAGUACUGGAUGAAACAGUGAGCAAAUCAAUAUAUGAGCAAUAUUCAGCUCAGCUGGCCAGAGACCAGUACAGUUUGACAUCUGUAGUCUUGCCCUCUUUUGACUUUUGUCUACCCCCCAUGUGGUGGGGGUGGGGUGGGGUAUAGUCUAUGCCUAAUGUGUCCAUCCAUUGUAAACAUGCAAAAACUGUUCAAUAUAUUUUAACAGAAAUUGGCAGAUAAAUCAACAGGUCGUGAAGUGGUUUCUUUUGCCAUUGACAUAUUUUUUGCAUAUGUAAUAUUCUUGAUUUCAUAGAAACAUUUUGCACUAAUUCUCAAAAGGGUGGUGUGAGCUUCGUUUCCGGAGCACAACUUGAAAACCAUGCAAGACUUUUCAUCUAAACCUGGGACAUGUAUUAAACAGGGGUAGAAGUGACACCUUUUGCUGUUGAGGAAUUUUUCAAAGUUUAAUUUUACUUGCUUUCAUGGAGGGGAGAUGUCAUUUCCGGAGCAGAACUAAAAAAACAACCUAACUCACCAUUCUUAUCCAAACUUGGUACAUGUAUAAAUCAGGGGAUGAAGUGGUGCCUUUUGCCAUUUAGGAAUUUUAAUUAUUUGUUUUCCUCUUUCCAUGGCAAAAGUUUGACUUUGACUCUAUUCAUAGUGGUGUGUACCUGACAUAGAAAUACAAAGUUUUCGAAUCCAAAUUCCAUGGUAUUGUUUUGAUAGCAGCUCAAUAACUACACUUGUAGACGGACAGAGAGACUAGAUAGAAAUUCUCUCAUCAAGUUGGACUUGAAGUAACAGCCAGAUAAUUUGUCCUUUCGAAAAUGUUGGGGUGGUGGGCUCGUGUUCUAAUUCAGCGACUUGCUCCAUCUGCACCGGCUGUAAUAGUUGAUAUGGGCAGAGCAUAAUGCCCAAGUCAAAACCAUGUCCAAAACAAAGUAACAGACCAAAAUGGACAAGCACCCAUGUGAUGGGUUGAGGGGGUUCGUUUAACCCGACAUGGUUUCACAGUUUGUAAUUGCAUUAAACAAAGACAGAAAAUUAUUUCUGUGUCAACAAUAACACAAUCAAUUUAUUUACAUUCGUUAACAACACAAUUUAUCAAAAACAUAUAAAAUAAAAAUAUUUUUUAAACUUAUCCUAUCACACACUAUGUAUUUAUCCAAUCCAGUCAAAUCCUUGAACCCAUUUACAAGCUUCAAAAACAUGUCACCUGAAGUAGUAUAGAAUAGGGGUUCUGGACCACUUCCACUGGAGCCAGAUUUAUUACCUAUACUGCUACUACAGGGGGGAUUUAUUAUGCAAAAAUGAUUAUGCG